AUGUGGAAACAGCAGCAAGUUGCUCUUGCAUUCUUAGAUAGCUUCAGGAACCUCGAUUAUGAGGCCAACAUCAGUCUUCGCACGCCCGACUGCCAGCAUUACUUCGCACCAGCAUCGCUGGGCAUAGAAAGAAAGAACAACGAGCAAUUCCGAAGCCAUGUGAAGUCCCUUCAAAAUGUUAUCGAAGGCAUUCACGUCACAACUAAGGACAUAUACGAGGGGAACCAUCAAAUCACGGUCUGGGCGACCGGCAAAACGAAGUUCAAGGAAACAGCAAAGGCCAGUGAUCCCGGUCUCGACUGGACCUAUGAGGGGGAAUAUGUCUUCAUAUUCACCUUCGACCGUGCCGGUGAGAGGAUUCAGCAGAUCCUCGAGUUCCUCGACAGCAAGAAAGUCGAGGAAGUACGGCGGUUGAUCCGGGUUGCUGAGGGUGCUUUGGCGGGGAGAGUGACAAGUCCGUCAUGA